AAACGGACUUUCCUGCUUGCUUGCUUGCUUGCUCCUGGUUUGCCCCUCUUCCUUUGGAGGGCAUGGUGAUACAAACGAGUGGCUUCUGUCUCUUCCGGGACCGCCCUUGAGGCUCCAGAGCCUCACCUGACUCCCAGAGAGAGGGAGGCAGCCAGCUCCUUCCGCCGCCCCGCAGAGGAGGGUCCUGGGGCCGGAGCCUGUGGGAGGGAGCGAGGCCGGAGCUGCUGCCCAGAACCGGGAAGGAGUGAGGAGGAGACGCUCUUCAAGACACAGGCGCGCCACAGAGAGCCCAAACUUUGGAACGCAACCACCUUUGGGCUGCAUGUGACAAAGCGAGAGCAUGGCGAAGAUUAGCACCCAAUACUCCCACCCCACCAGGAACCACCUCGCGGUAAGGACCACGGACAGAGAUCUCGAUCACAUUGAAAAUGGCCUCAGCAGGACCCACUCGCCAGGCGAGGAGAUAUCUGCAGAACUGCAGGAAGAUAUCGCCAUGGAGACCAGAGGACUGGCUGAGUCCAGGCGAAGCUCCUUCACCAGUCAGAGGCCAGCCAGGUUGUCACGUCUCAUCAUCUCACUGCGCGCCUGGGCAACCAGGCACUUACACCGUGAGGAUCAGAGGCCGGACUCCUUCCUGGAGAGUUUCCACGGAGCCGAGCUCAAGGAGGUGUCCAGCCGAGACAGCCAUGCCCCAUCCAACAUGGGCAGCCAGGAGCCGCCAGACAGAGGGAGAAGUGACUGGCCCCUGGCCAGGAAUAACACCAAUGCCUGCAACAACACAGAGAAGGAUGACAAGGCGAAAAAGGAGGAGAAAGAGAAAAAGGAAGAAGACAAAAAGGAAAACCCCAAAAAAGAGGAAAAGAAGAAGGAAACCAUCGUGGUGGACCCGUCCAGCAACCUGUACUACCACUGGCUCACUGUCAUCGCCGUGCCAGUCUUCUACAACUGGUGUCUGCUUGUGUGCAGGGCCUGUUUCGAUGAGCUUCAGUCUGAGCACCUGAUGCUUUGGCUGGUCCUGGACUACUCAGCAGACAUCCUCUACGGCUUGGAUUUGCUAGUCCGAGCCCGGACAGGCUUCCUGGAGCAAGGCUUGAUGGUCACGGAUGCCGACCGGCUGUGGAAGCACUACAGGAAGACUGUGCACUUCAAGCUGGAUACAUUGUCCCUGGUCCCCACGGACCUGGCUUUUUUCAAGAUGGGCAUGAACUACCCAGAACUGAGGUUCAACCGCCUACUGAAGUUGGCCCGGCUCUUUGAAUUCUUCGACCGCACGGAGACGAGGACCAACUACCCCAACAUGUUCCGAAUUGGGAACCUGGUCUUGUAUAUCCUCAUCAUCAUCCACUGGAACGCCUGCAUCUACUUUGCCAUCUCCAAGUUCAUUGGUUUUGGGACAGAUUCCUGGGUCUACCCAAACAUAUCCAUCCCGGAGUAUGGACGCCUCUCCAGGAAGUACAUCUACAGUCUCUAUUGGUCCACCUUGACCCUGACCACCAUCGGCGAGACCCCACCCCCCGUCAAAGAUGAGGAGUAUCUCUUUGUGGUCGUAGACUUCCUGGUGGGCGUCCUGAUUUUUGCCACCAUUGUGGGCAACGUGGGCUCGAUGAUCUCGAACAUGAAUGCCUCACGGGCUGAGUUCCAGGCCAAGAUCGACUCCAUCAAGCAGUACAUGCAGUUCCGCAAGGUGACCAAGGACCUGGAGACGCGGGUGAUCCGGUGGUUCGACUACCUGUGGGCCAACAAGAAGACGGUGGAUGAGAAGGAGGUGCUCAAGAGCCUCCCGGACAAGCUGAAAGCAGAGAUCGCCAUCAACGUGCACCUGGACACGCUCCGGAAGGUCCGUAUCUUCCAGGACUGUGAGGCAGGGCUGCUGGUGGAGCUGGUGCUGAAGCUGCGGCCUGCUGUGUUCAGCCCUGGGGACUACAUCUGCAAGAAGGGGGACAUCGGGCGGGAGAUGUACAUCAUCAAGGAGGGCAAGCUGGCCGUGGUGGCCGAGGACGGGAUCACCCAGUUCGUGGUGCUCAGUGAUGGCAGUUACUUUGGGGAGAUCAGCAUCUUGAACAUCAAGGGCAGCAAGUCGGGGAACCGCAGGACGGCCAACAUCAGGAGCAUUGGGUACUCGGACCUCUUCUGCCUCUCCAAGGACGACUUGAUGGAGGCGCUCACUGAAUACCCAGAGGCCAAGAAGGCGCUAGAGGAGAAGGGGCGGCAGAUCCUGAUGAAGGACAACCUCAUCGACGAGGAGCUGGCCAAGGCCGGGGCGGACCCCAAGGACCUUGAGGAGAAGGUGGAGCACCUGGAGACCUCCCUGGACACCCUGCAGACCCGGUUUGCGAGGCUCCUGGCUGAGUACAACGCCACCCAGAUGAAAGUCAAGCAGCGGCUCAGCCAGCUGGAAAGCCAGGUGAAGAUCAGCCUUCCGCCUGAAGGGGAUGUGCCUGGGGAUGUGCAGGGGGACGAGCCCCAAACGGAGACCAAACAGCAGUGAAAAUGCAGCUCUGUCUCCGGCUUCCCAGAGUCAGCCGUCCUCGUGAUGCUGUGUGGCCCCGGCUCCAUGGUGCUGGAUUUGGCUGGGGUUGAAUUCCAGAUUUCCUUACCCUUUGCAAGCCCUGGGGCCUUGGGAGAGAUCCUCAGUUUCCUCAUCUAGAAAAGGGACCUCGUUAAGUCCCCAGUUAAGUGGCAGGCUGCUGUGAGCUCCAUGUGAGAUGCUGCGGGCGGGGGGGCCUUUGUACAGUGUGAGAUGUCCCCAAUGCAAGAGUAUGAAAGUGUGAGCACAGAACUCUUAUUUUUUUAUCCAUGAAUAUUUAGACUUUUGAACUUUUUUUGGU